CUGUUCUGUAGAAGAUCUGGAGUAAUACAAGUUAGCAAUCGUAUCCUGAGAGAUGGAACUCAGUGCCGGAAUCCAGAAGAUGUCUUUGGGACAGCAGUCUACUGGAAGAGGAGCUCCGUGUAUGCGGUGCAAAGGGAAAUGUUCUGGAUACAGGCCACAUUCUUGGAGAAAGUCCUGUGGGUGCUGUUCCUGUCCUAGUGAAGAACAUCUACUGCUGUCUGAUGCCGAGGAGGAUUUCCAGAUUGGGCAGCUGCUCUCAGACUCUCGUUACUCGGGGCUUACGGCACGGGUGAAAGGCAGUGAAGGAGCACGCGUGUACAAGAGGAACCGUAUGAUCAUCACUAACCCAAUCACCUCCCGUAAAGACCCAACUUUCUUAACUGUGACCUAUGAGUGGGCACCUCCUGGACUCAACCAAAAACUGGCCAUGAGGUACAUGGAGCUGAUCCCCAAGAAGAUGCAGCCUGUUGCUGGCACAGAAGGGUCCCAGUAUCGUCGUAUGCAGCUAAUGAGGCAGCUGCCGUCCUAUGACCACGAUCCAGAGAAGUGCCAGGGGCUGUCGCAGCAAGAACGGUCAGCCAUGGAAGAAUUUGUAAGGAAGUACAAGGAGAAUGCCCUGGGGGUGGCAGAAGUGGCCCUUCCUUGUAGUGCUAAGCAGCAGCAGGCGGAGAAAGAAGGAAACAAAACCAAGGCAACAAAUGGCACAGAGGCUGCAGAGAAGACUGAAUAUUUUUGUGAAUUCUGCCAGCAGCCUAUGCCCGGCGAUGCCCCGGCCAUAUACGCCGAGCGCGCGGGUUAUGAUACGCAGUGGCACCCGGCUUGCUUUGAAUGCUGUCAGUGCAGACAGCCCCUGGCAAACCUCAUCUACUUCUGGAAAAACAAUCGACUGUGGUGUGGGAGACAUUACUGUGAGAGCGAGCGGCCACGGUGUACAGGGUGCGAUGAGAUAAUAUUCUCGCAAGACUACAAACAGCUUGAAGGCAGCUACUGGCACAAUGACCACUUUUCCUGCGUGGCCUGUGAGCAGAUGUUGAAUGGAAAAUCCUACGUACUGGAUGACGCGCGACUCCUGUGUGUCGACUGCAGCAAGGCCAAGUCAAGCCGCUAGUGCCAAUGUUACCAGGCGAUUCUCUGGGUACCAAACUAAUAAAUCCUGCAUCAAGAGCUUCACAUUAAAAACCAUGCAAAGUAAGCCUAAUGUGGUGCCAUGGAGAGGUAGCCACGGUCAUCAUGUAACUUGGCCGGUCAACAGUGGUUCUUUAUCAGAUCUCCGGUGAAGCUUCAAUGACAUAUAGAACCAAGUUGGCAGAUAGAAUUGUUUGUUGUUUAGAAACUGGCACAGGGAUGGCUAUUCUAUAACAUACCGGUAACCAAUGAACUUAAAAAUAGACAACAUGCUCCUGCCAUCUUGCCAGCAUGAUCUUCUUAAGAGACCUAACAAAGCAAUGCAUGCGCCUAGGGAUCCUGUCCUAUGUAUAAUACAUAAUGAAGUGGCAGGCGUGAAAGCCUACCUGCUACACUAUAAAAGGUGUUAGAGCUAAUAGCCCAGAGGAAUUGUUCAUCAAAUUACUGGAAUACUAACAAAUAAGUCUAUAUAAAUAAUUUAUUUUUGUAUGUUUUUUUGGUGUAAUGCGUAAAUCGACCUGUGUCUGACGUAUAUGUAAAUUAAUCUGCGAUUACCGUGGGGUGAUUGAUACAAUCAGCUGCAAUGGAUGUUAUUGGGCUCAUGAAAAAUCUAUUUAAUCAGUGUUUUAUUGACAACUAUAUGUAAAUAAGACACAAAAAUGACACGUGUAGUUUUCCCGAAAAUAGCCCAUGAAAUCAACCAUUUUUUUGUUCCAUAGUGGAAUUAUUUUUGAAUAUAUUUUUAAUUAGACUUUAUUUCAAUUUAUUACACUUCAUUCAAUAAAAAAAAAAAAAAAUGUUUCUGCAUGAAGACCUGGAAAGCCCAGAUUGGACCCCCAGCCUGGCUCACCAACUCCCAAGUCAAUGGUCCACAGAGUUGGGCUGCUGCCCAAUAGGGAUUCAAAAAGUUAAUAAAUAAUAUAUACAGUAUAUACUUUUAGUCAUUUUUUAUGAGGCCCUAUAUCAUUUCUAGCUUUCCCCGAUAUUCCUGGUGAUUUACAUGUAGGCGCAGAUUAUUUUUUGUCUUUUAUGUGUCUAAUGAUGAAUAAUUAUGAAAAUAUGUUCAUGACAAAGCAUUAAAUAAGAUGAUGCUUCAAUAAAAAAAACAUUAAAAAUGGUAACAUGCAUUAUUAAAACUGCC